ACUUUAUUUAUAACACAAAACAGUAUCUUAGGAACAUCUUCAAUUGUUGUUCAUUGAUUUUCAUGUGGUUUUCUGUAAAUUAGAAAUUGUGCAUGAUUGGAUUGUUAAACAGAUGUAAACUUACUUUUAUCAACUUCUGCGAUAUAUGAUCGACCUCCGGUUGUACACAUUGUCCUGGAUCGUCAUUGGUGCGUCACAGACAGAACUACAGAAUGACUGGCAACAUCAAGGAUAAAGAAGCCUUUCAGAGACUCAACUUUCUUUACCAGGCUGCACACUGUGUCCUGGCACAGAACCCUGAGAAUGUGGAACUGGCCCGAUUCUACUGCUUCACUCAGAAGACCAUUUCCAAACGCCUCGUUCUGAGACAGGAUCCCUCUGUGAAAAGGACACUGUGCAAGAAAUGCUGCUCUCUCCUGGUUCCUGGAGUAACUGCAACAGUGAGACAGAGAAGGUGUAGUCGGCGUCAACGAAUGACAAUGGUGAGAUGUCUUAGCUGUGGACAGACCAAGCGUUUCCCUAACAAUCCAGGAUACCAGCUGUGGGUGGACCGGCCUGAAGCCCAAUUAGAGAACCAACCACAGUUGGAUAAUACAGCUCAAGCUCUUCGAUGGGUCUUUGUGUCUACAGAACACAAUCCAGGGACAAAGUCUCAGCAGAAGGGAAAGCCCACCAGUGGCAAAGCAGGGCAGGAUCCCGGCCCUGCUGCAGGCCCAACAGCUUAAUCUGUCCCCUGAUCCUGCUGGAGCAGCUCGCGACUCUCUGCAGUCUGCCUGAGCGCAGCAAGGCUGUUGCAAGGGAGUCGUUUCUUGAAUAACAAAGACAUUAAGUAGAAUGUGUAAGAUCAGAUUGAAUCUAGCCAGAAGGCUAAGACAUUCUGCCACACAGCGCUGUCUGCUUGUACAGUUUUACCCACUCAUCUCAAUGAGCAAGCGUGUGAAGUUAAAAUAUUACAAAAGUGUUGGUUAUGGAAGACUACUGUAGAAAAAAAUGGAGGACAAAAUGCAUUAUGCAUGGGAAAAAAUGCUCAUACUACAUUUCAUUUUUUUUAGUUUAAAUACAUUUAUGAUUUUAAAUUGAUAUGAUGCAUCUUUUUUGUAAUGUGUUAUUGUUUUUUACAAACAAUUCCUUGAGGGUCUAGUGUCUUCAGGUCUUUGUUUCAAACUGAGUAGUCAAAACAACCUAAUUAUUUUCUCGGGUAGACAUACAGCACAUAACAUUUAUUAAGGUUACUGAACACAUUCAUUACUGUACACAUUACUGAACACAUUCUUUGAACACAUGAGCCUGCUUAAAAUAUUACAGUGAUGUAUUUCAUAAAUAUUUAGACACUCUAUGAAGCAGAGAUCAUGUAAAACAUAAAGAAAACCAAAACAACUUGUCCCGGAGUGGCCAGCUCUGCUCCUGGAACACAACACUCCAGCAGAUUUUACAAGUCUUCAAUUUCCCAAUACUUUGAACAAUUUCCUUUUGACUUCUUAAGGAGAUAAUAUGUGCAAUAAAGUGGUUUAGUCCGUAUUUAAAAUUCCAAUUCCAAUACCUUGUAUGUUAGCUGGGACAACAAAUGGCUAUUUCUGACCCAACUGAACCAAAGAACUGAUCACAACUCACCAUGUAGCAUGUCUUUAAAAAUGGACGAUUUAAGGGUAACCUACUAUAUAUAUAAGACUUGUGGGCUUCCCAGGAAUAAGGCUGACCACCUGCAUUUGAGACCCCUGUUUAUAGUGAAGUUUUUUUUCAUGCAGUAUCCUAAACUGCGCUCUCCACAUCUUUGUCUUAAUCACACUCUGUCACAGUAAAACUAUUUGUUGUGUGGUUUGUGGCUAGAUUAAUACUUUAUCUUUAGCUGACCCUGGUUCAGGGGAUCCACAGUUUUAAGAUUACUCUUCAAACAGCAGUUUGUAAAGACUGUGAACACGCAAGUUGUGAUCAGUACAAAUGAAUUGGUUCAGUCAAAUCAGAACUGGCCACCUGUGGUGGACAGCUAGUGCAAUGGUACCUGUACUUUUAUUUUAAAUAAUUUUGAAACUAACUGAUUUACUUACCUGCUUAAUUUUCCAUACUUAAGUUAUUGAAAAUACUACUCUUUUCAAACUAUUGCUUUAAGAGGUGACACUUAAAAUUUGUAGGGAUUUUGUCUGACAGGAAUCAGAGUGGGACAUUCAUUUCUAGAGAGUUUGCUGGAAUUUACUUAGUUAGGACAUUGUUGUAAAUCAAAUACUGUUCAGUAUUCUAAUCAUGUAAAUCGUUCUUUUAAAAGUUUGAACACUUCAGAAUCAUUGAGCUUUAUACUUUAAAACCAGAUUAAAAUCAGUCAUUUCUCCAAUAUUUAAGAUUUAGAAAUGGUAACAAUGGUUUGCAACAUUAGAACUAAGUACUGUAAUAGUGAUAAUGAUAAUGAUAGGAUACCAGAUACUUGUUUAUUGUCAGAGGAAUUCAAAUUUUAGAAUAAACAUUUUAACAAUCUACCUGUUCUCCGAGAGUUCUCCUAUUAUCCAGUAAGCUUCUCAAAUCCUACAAAAUAGUUAUGAGUAUGUUGAUUUAUGGGGGCAGUCUUUUUUAUUUCGGUUUGUAGGCUGCGGAGUCAGUUCAGCUGUGUUCAACAGUGUGUUAUUGUUAGCUCUUACAUUGGGAGAGCUGUGUACUAACUGCAGAUGGCUGGAGCCAGAACAGUGGUUCAGUCUGAACUCCUGCAGCUUCUCCAUGACCGUGAUGAGAUCAACAAUUUAACCCUUCUCCCCAUUACCUGCGAUUUCCCAAUCCAUUACAUGACUGCUGUCUUCAGCUGGAUGCAGGAAGCAACUGGUUAACAAAGUCAGCCUCAGGUGUGCCGUUGAUAAGCGAUCCCCCCCAGUGUCGGAGCAACCUGACACUGAAACAGGUCGGCUUUCACCUUGCCUUUAAUUUGGAGCAACAUGCAUUACAAUACUGCUGUGUUAUGUGAAAUUAGAGGUCACAAAAUAAAGUUAAAAUUAAAAAAGCA